UAUAGGUGGAAGCAAACAAGUCGCAACAUCAUCGAGCCCAUUAAUGCGAUCGUGUGAUCGUACUGCUAGUGCAGCUGCACCUACAAUGGGAUAGAAAUCGACUCGGCUGCGAUGCGGUGGUUUUUUACCGACUUCGUUGAUAAGAUUUUUGAUCGGAACACAACAAGUUGAUCAACCCAAAAAUGCCGUCCCCCGCUGCAGCUGUCCUUUCAAUCACGCAGCAAUUUCCGCCGUCGCUUGACGUGACAGAUUUUGUGGACCAAAUGUGGCGGUGCAAACCGGGGUUUCCCUACCACAAAAAGCCCGGUGCGCAUCCACGACUCAUUUUCGGCGAAAAGUUCUACGCGGAGAUCCUCGCCAAGGCGAAACAGCAGCACCCGGAACUGACAGAGGCGAAUGAGGAAAACAAGGAAGAAGCGAGUUUUUUUCAACGGCAGAAGUCCGACGAAAUGGAAAAGGAGGCUGCCGGGAACGUUUUAGUACACCUUUCCGACACGACGUAUCCGAUUGGCCGGGUCCUGUGGAGCGCGAAGUACCCUUUCCAGAAUGUUCUACUACGACAGGACCAACACCUACCGGAGUCCGCGCAACCCGACUUCUACGAGUUCUGUUUGAAAGCGCCGGGACGGUUGAAGGUACAGGACAAGACUCACUGGUACAAACUUACCGUGCACCACGAGGCUGCGGGCGUGGUAGACCCGAAGCCCAUCGCCGCGGCGACGUUCAAGCUGGAGCCGGGAGAUGAGAACGGUAUUGCGGAGGAAGAAGACACUAGACACACGAGCCUGGAUAUGCAAUAAAGAGACUGUGUAAGUGUAAGUUUGUGAUGCGGACGAUGCAUGACUGUCACUCUUUUCAUGCUGCAUGUGCAUCAUAGGCUACUUACUGUUUCAUACGUGUUUAUUUCACUUACUGGCUGUGCAUGACAAAUUUUCUGUAGUGUAAAGCGAAUUUGUGAUGCUACUCUUCGUUCAUACUUAGUUACACUCACACAGUUUUUUUCUUGGAUACUGGACCCCGAUGACGAGCUUGAGCCGGAGGAGGGCGAGGAUACAGACGUGGAGCUCAUUGAAACGGCGGAAGGCGGGGAUGACAUCGCAGAGGCACGGGUCGUUGGUGGGGAGCUCGGCUUGGUUUUGGCCGGUUUCUUGGCCGACGCAGGUCGGGCGAUUUAUUCGUGUCCUGUAAGAACUGGACCGCUUGGAGGUUCUCGUGGGGCAAGAAACGGUUGUGCAGGAAGUAGAGAAUAUUAUCGACGUGCUUUUCACCAUGAGAACGCGCAUGAUCGCAGAAACAAUGACCUCACUUCGAAGAAGAAGCUGCAUUUCGUUGAUACUACGUGCGGGUUUUUGUAA